AUUUGCUGCUUUACGCACUUAACGUCUUCCUAAUUGUUAUCUAAUAAUCAGACGUAUAAAGCUAAAAGGCUUUUGUGCAUUUGUUCAUUUCAUCACAGCUUCGCUUCCAAGAUGGGGCCUAUUGGUCUUCUUUUUGGAACUGUCAUAGCGUUUUUCUCAACGAACACAGAAGCAGUUUCAUAUUUAGAUUUUGAGAACGACCUUUACUGCGAUCCGCUGCGCUGCUUCUUUUCCAACGGCACUCAAAAGAAGCAUGGAGCUUUGGUGCGCGCCGACGUCCCAAAUGCGUUUUGUGUUUGUUUGAGUGACUCUGCCGUUCGAUUCGACUGCCCGGCCAGUCUCGUCUUCAACAAGGAGGAACAGGUUUGUGACUACCCUGAAAGCGUGUCCACGGACUACGAGUUCCUCUCGGAAAAGGCGCUCAAGGCUUACGAAACCCACAACCCUGGAAAGCUGGAGAGAGAAGGUUACCAGAGGGAACAGUGGCGCAGCAUGUGGCAAUGCAUUGGCGAUAAUAUUGAGAAGGCAGAAACGGACAAAGUGCAGGACGCGGUCACAGCUGCUGAGGCAGCAAUGCUCAACAAAGAAGUCGAAGAUCAGGAGAAUGCCCUAAUUAAAGUUCAAGAAGCCAUCCAGAACUACUUGGACCACCACCAGGCUGAGGGGCAGGCGAACAACACCAAUGUUCCUGUACCAACAGCCCAUCAACCAUUGGUCAUUCAACCUGAUGCUCAGGAAGCAGAUAAUAAUCAGGCUAUUGGAGAUUUAGGGAAUACUAAGGCGCCACUUGAAAAUGAUAAUGACAAGAAGUUACUUGGAGCUUAUGAAGCUGGAAUUGACGACGCCAAUGACGGGGGAGAGGUUCUUGAUGACAAAACACCAUGCGUUUGUCCAGUUGCUGAAAAGGAUAAUUCAGAGGACAGUUCUUCCAGCAGUUCAAGCAGCAGCAGCAGCAGCAGUUCAAGCUCAUCUGGAAGUUGCAUAAAAAUUAUAAAAAUUUACGAUUCCAGCAAAGAAGUCAAAGAGACGUGUCCUGGAAAUUUAAACCAUCCUCUAGUUACUCAGCCAGCUUAUGUAAAUGCUGUACCUGCCUCUCCUGUUAACGCUCCUCCAGCUCAAAAUGUAGCACCAGCAGCUCCGAUUCCACCGCCAAAUGUGGCCAAUGCCGCUCAACAGCCAGCAACUCCUGGAGCCCCUGAAAGUCUGACAGAUGAUUCUGUUGUAAAUCCGACUGCUGCUCCUGAUGUCGCUCCCUCUCCUGCAAGCCCCAACACAACUGAAACUGGAAACGAAGAAGCCCUAGAAGAAAAUAAAAACAAUUCAUCUCCUCCCGAGAGUCCUCCAGCAGACCCUGGUUCGCAAAAUGACCAAGAACUAAACUCCACAACCGAAAUUCCAGUUGCAGAUUUACCUGCUGAUGAGACUCCUCCAGAAACACCGGACACUACCACAGACCCGGCAACUCCAGAUAGCAAAAUACCAGAACCUUUUCUCAACAAUCCAAACAGUGAAUCGCCGCCCCAAACCACAGAUGCAGAAAAUGCCAAAGGCGAAGAGGGUACGGAAGAAGGGAAGGUGGAAGGAGAUGAGGAGUCAGUGCCAAACAACACUGAGGAACCAAUAACUGAGGAUGUGGACGGAGACGCAAUUUUUGAUGAAUUGGCCGCUGAAGACAAAUCGGCAGAAGGAGGAGAAGCGGGAGAUUUAUUAAAUGUUGACGUUGGCAAAAGAAUAUCUGAGAAUCCUGGUCAAAUUUCAUCAUUGCCAGGAAUCUUGGUAGACCCUGCCUUAGGCCAGCCAAAGGUUGUUCUAGGCCCAGUUUUCAAUAUGAGGGAAUCGCAUCAAAACUUCCUUAAUAAAAUUUUCGGUCCUGGAGCUUUGGAUCAAUUUCUUAAAAACCAACAGUCCGCCGCAGCUCCAAAGGUUGGGCUUAGAAUGAUGACACCACCAUCUCCGAUGUUUGAAAGUGAAACUGAAAAGGAAGCACUUUUCGAAGCUGAAGAUCAAAAUGUUGAGUUGAAAAUGAUGACCCCAGCUCCGAUAUUAGAAAAGGAAUCUGAUAAGGAAACGCCUUCUGAGGUUGAAGAUCAAAAUAUUGGGCUGAGAGUUAACAUGCCUCAUGUUCCACAAAGUGAGGACAAGAAAAACGCCACAGACAGCGUUGAAACCACCUUGGUAGACGAUUUGGAAAACAAUUCACUCUACUCUGAGGAAAAUGACGAGGCUAUAUCUCCCAGCAAAGACGAACUGAUUAUGCGUCUGCGAACUGCAUUGAGAGGAAUUUUUAUGCCGCCAAGAACCUCGGAUGUCUCUCAAAAUGCCAGUACUGAAAAGAGAGACAAUGGUAAAAUUUCUAAGAGGCGCUAUCAAACUGUGAAAUUCAUGGGCAGAAACAAGAGAAGCGCGCAUCACCACAAGCACAAAAAGCAUGAUGUUAAGACAGAUGUCCGUAAUCUCAAUAGAGCAUUACAUCGGUGAGAAGGACGAAAAUUCUGUUAAAAUUUCUGAUUUGUAAUUAAGGUUAUAAUUUUAUGUAUAUUUAAUAAAGACCCUGUAAAAAAUAUUUGUGAAAUAAUCAUCUCUAUCAAUCAAUAUCCAAUAA